UUUUUUUUUUUAAGUUUUGUUUUGUUUAUCGGUUUAGCGGUUUGUUUAGCAAAACUGACUCGACAACAAAGUCUCUCGAUAUAGACAAUUACGUAAGCUUUCAUACAAAUCCAAGCAUGUCGCUUGAGACGGCGUCGAAGGCUAACUAUUCAAGAAACAAAAGAGCGGGUUCAUAGCGAGAAAUUCCCAGCGAGGACGCUGAUUGUUUUUUUUAUUAUUGCGAUUAUUACCUAGUUUACGAGCUAAAACGAUUACUCGCCUGCUCAGAUAGCUUUCUUUCAAGUAAUAACAUACUCCUAUGUGCAUAUCUUAAAUUUCAAAUACUUACAGAUAUAAAACUUGUAGAAUUGGAAAUAUGCCAAAAAGGAGUGAUGCACAACCAGGGUUCAUAAAACUCGGACAAGCAUAUAUCAUGCUUGAAAACGACGCAAAAGUUUAUUAUUGAUUUUGUGUUGACUCAGUCUUUUGACUUAGUCCACGAUAAGAUGUAUACAUAAAGGAUAUUUACUCUUACUCAUCAAUCAUAUUAGGACCAUAUUUUUAUAAGCACUUAAGUGCUCUCCCUGCAAAAUUUGGUAGUAAUUUUUUUUUUCUUCAAGAAUGCUGAUCUACUUGGAGUGAAUUUAAACAUGCCCGAUAAAGGAAGCUUACAACAAUCCAAGUGGCAAAGACAAGAAGGUAGUGUAAACAAACGUGCCGGACAAGCUCAGUUGUACGAAUCAGAAAAAGAAUAUAUCGGUGAUCAUCAAAGGAGGCCAAAUCAAGAAGACGAGGUACAGAAACUUACCGAACAAGAACAACUUUCAGAACAAGAGAUAGAAGGUGAACAUGAGACUAAAGAGGGUGCAAAGUCAAACGGAGCAAACAGCAAAUCUACACCCGAAAACCAAUUUAAAACAAAUUCCGAAAAGAAAAAAACUUCAACGAAGAGGCCAAAACAAGAAGACGGUGUACACAAAUAUAUCGCACACAACCAAUUUUCGGAACCAAAGUUCGAAGAUAUGCAUGAUAAUGGAAAGCCUGCUGUAUCAGCACACGGAGUAAAGGGGCAAAAAUCUGACACUGACAUUUAUCAGAGAGAAUCUAAAAUAAAACUAGCUGAACCGAGAGCUCUUUUGACUGGAAACUCAAAUAGCCAAAAGGGCAAGUCUACGUCCGAAAACCAUGUUCAAACGAAUCCAGAAACGAAAAAAACUUUAACGAAGGUUAUAAUAUUACUAUAA